AACAUGCCCACUACCGUUACCCGGAAGUAUGCAGAAUUCCCAAAGAUGGCGGAGCAAGGUCCAAUGGCGAUAGCUAUGCGGCUAAGAAAUCAGCUACAGAACGUUUAUAAACUCGACCCUUUAAGAAACGAGGAAGAAGUGAAGAUAAAAAUCAAGGACUUAAAUGAACACAUUGUGUGUUACUUGUGUGCGGGAUACUUCAUUGAUGCAACAACUAUUACUGAGUGUCUUCAUACCUUUUGCAAGAGUUGCAUUGUGAAAUACCUCCAGACCAGCAAAUAUUGUCCAAUGUGUAACAUCAAAAUUCAUGAAACGCAGCCCUUGCUGAAUCUUAAGCUGGACAGAGUAAUGCAAGAUAUUGUUUACAAACUGGUCCCAGGGCUACAGGAGAGUGAAGACAAGAGAAUCAGGGAAUUUUACCAGUCAAGAGGCCUCGAGCGCAUAAUACAGCCGUCGGGAGAUGAAUCAUUACCAGACAAUACAGGAUUACCGUACACCAGCUUCGAUCACUCUAAGGCCCAUUUCUACAGAUAUGAUGAGCAAGUCUCGCUCUGCCUGGAGAGACAAAGCUCAUCUUUGUCUGGAAAAGACAAAAAUAAAUUAACUCUACAGCAGAAGUUUGUGCGUUGCUCGGUCAGAGCGGAGGUCAGGCACUUGAGGAAAGUGUUGUGCCAUCGACUCAACGUAGACAGGAACCAGGUCCAGAUGUUAUUUAAUAAUGAAUCCCUACCAGAUCACAUGACAAUGAAGCGCUUGUGGUUGUCUCACUGGUUUGGAAAGGCUCAACCACUGGUUCUCCACUAUGCUAUCAAGGACAAGAGGACAAGAUAGGAUUGUGUAAUAGUAUCAACUGGUGUAAAUAUUUUGUAUUUCACAUAAUCUAUUUUAAUAGGUUUUUCUGUGCAUAUAUACUUAUUUUUUUGUUUUGUAUUUUUGAAAAAUAAAUUUAAA